GGACAGCAGCCGCCCGGGAGCAGUGACCCGGGCGCCCCGCUAGGGCAACGGCCCCGCCCCACGGGCCGGGAUCAUGAAAGGCCUCGGUGACAACCGCCCCCGCCACCUUUCUGACAGCCUGGACCCGCCACAUGAGCCCCUGUUCGCAGGGCCUGAUCGCAACCCCUACCUGCUUUCGCCCACGGAGGCCUUCACCCGCGAGGCCCGCUUCCCCGGGCAGAACACCCUCCCAGGGGACGGUCUCUUCCCGCUCAACAACCAGCUGCCGCCGCCCAGCAGCACCUUCCCCCGCAUCCACUACAACUCCCACUUCGAGGUGCCAGAGGAGAGCCCGUUCCCCAGCCAUGCCCAGGCCACCAAGAUCAACCGGCUGCCCGCUAACCUCCUGGACCAGUUUGAGAAGCAGCUGCCCAUCCACCGCGAUGGCUUCAGCACCCUCCAGUUCCCCCGAGGUGAGGCCAAGGCCCGCGGUGAAAGCCCUGGCCGCAUCCGCCACCUGGUCCACUCUGUCCAGAGGCUUUUCUUCACUAAGGCACCCUCACUGGAGGGCACAGCAGGCAAGGUCGGUGGCAAUGGCAGCAAGAAAGGUGGCAUGGAGGACGGCAAGGGCCGGAGGGCCAAAAGCAAGGAGCGGGCCAAGGCUGGGGAACCCAAACGGCGCAGCCGCUCCAACAUCUCAGGCUGGUGGAGUUCUGACGACAACUUGGACGGCGAGAGUGGCGCCUUCCGCAGCAGCGGCCCAGCCUCCGGGCUGAUGACGCUGGGCCGCCAGCCUGAACGCACCCAACCGCGCUACUUCAUGCAUGCCUACAACACCAUCAGCGGGCACAUGCUCAAGGCUGCCAAGAGCAACACUUCCGACCUGACUGCCCCACCACCCCCGCCAGCACCCCCCGCCACCUGCCCGAGCCUUGGGGUGGGCACUGACACCAACUAUGUCAAACGGGGCUCCUGGUCCACUCUGACCCUCAGCCACGCCCAUGAGGUCUGCCAGAAGACCUCGGCCACCUUGGAUAAGAGCCUACUAAAGUCCAAGUCAUGCCACCAGGGUCUAGCCUACCACUACCUGCAGGUGCCCGGCGGCGGUGGAGAGUGGAGCACCGCGCUGCUAUCCCCCCGCGAGGCGGAUGCCACCGCCGAGGGUCCCAUCCCGUGCCGGCGCAUGCGCAGCGGCAGCUACAUCAAGGCCAUGGGUGACGAGGACAGCGACGAGUCUGGCGGCAGCCCCAAGCCUUCACCCAAGACCGCAGCGCGGCGCCAGAGCUACCUGAGGGCCACGCAGCAGUCACUGGGAGAGCAGAGCAACCCACGCAGGAGUCUGGACCGCCUGGAUUCAGUGGACAUGCUGCUGCCUUCCAAGUGUCCAAGCUGGGAAGAGGACUACAACCCCAUCAGUGACAGCCUCAAUGACUCCAGCUGUAUCAGCCAGAUUUUUGGACAGGCCUCCCUGAUCCCCCAGUUGUUUGGCCAUGAGCAACAGGUACGGGAAGCAGAGCUGAGUGACCAGUACGAGGCAGCCUGCGAAUCAGCCUGUAGCGAAGCCGAAUCGGCAGCGGCGGAGGCUCUAGACUUGCCCCUGCCCAGCUACUUCCGCUCCCGCAGCCACAGCUACCUGCGGGCCAUCCAGGCAGGCUGCUCGCAGGAGGAGGACAGUGUCUCCCUUCAGUCCCUCUCCCCUCCGCCCAGCACAGGCAGCCUCAGCAACAGCCGCACGCUUCCAAGUUCAUCAUGCCUAGUGGCAUAUAAGAAGACCCCACCACCAGUCCCUCCACGUACCACAUCAAAGCCUUUCAUCUCCGUCACAGUCCAGAGCAGUACCGAGUCUGCCCAGGACACCUACCUGGACAGCCAGGACCACAAGAGUGAGGUGACAAGCCAGUCGGGCCUAAGCAACUCAUCAGACAGCCUAGACAGCAAUACCCGACCACCAAGCGUGACACGGGGCGGAAUCACCCCAGCCCCUGAAGCCCCAGAGCCACCUCCAAAACAUGCAGCUUUGAAGAACGAACAAGGGACCCUGACCAGCUCCGAGUCUCACUCUGAGGCCAUCCCCAAACGGAAACUGUCAUCAAUAGGAAUACAAGAGAGGACUAGAAGGAACGGUUCCCACCUCUCGGACGACAACGGACCCAAAGCGAUCGAUGUGAUGGCACCCUCCUCAGAAAGCAGCGCCCCCUCUCACAGUAUGUCCUCCCGACGGGACACAGACUCCGAUACCCAGGAUGCCAAUGACUCCAGCUGUAAGUCAUCUGAGAGGAGCCUCCCGGACUGUACCCCACACCCCAAUUCCAUCAGCAUUGAUGCCGGCCCCCGGCAGGCCCCCAAGAUUGCCCAGAUCAAGCGCAACCUCUCCUAUGGAGACAACAGCGACCCUGCCCUUGAGGCAUCCUCGCUGCCCCCACCUGACCCCUGGCUCGAGACCUCCUCCAGCUCCCCAUCAGAGCCAGCACAGCCUGGGGCCUGCCGCCGAGAUGGCUACUGGUUCUUGAAGCUACUUCAGGCAGAGACAGAGCGGCUGGAAGGCUGGUGCUGCCAGAUGGACAAGGAGACCAAAGAGAACAACCUCUCUGAAGAAGUCUUAGGAAAAGUCCUCAGUGCUGUGGGCAGCGCCCAGCUACUGAUGUCCCAGAAAUUCCAGCAGUUCCGGGGCCUCUGUGAGCAGAACUUGAACCCUGAUGCCAACCCACGUCCAACAGCCCAGGACCUGGCAGGGUUCUGGGACCUGCUACAGCUGUCCAUCGAGGACAUCAGCAUGAAGUUUGAUGAACUCUACCACCUCAAGGCCAACAGCUGGCAGCUGGUGGAGACCCCCGAGAAGAGGAAGGAAGAGAAGAAACCACCCCCUCCGGUCCCAAAGAAGCCAGCCAAAUCCAAGCCAGCAGUGAGCCGCGACAAGGCCUCAGACGCAGGAGACAAGCAGCGUCAGGAGGCCCGCAAGAGACUUCUGGCAGCUAAGCGGGCAGCUUCCGUGCGGCAGAACUCGGCCACAGAGAGCGCAGACAGCAUCGAAAUUUAUGUCCCUGAGGCCCAGACCAGGCUCUGAGACCAUAAAGAAAGAAGGAAGGAAACAAUUUUAAAGUGUUUAAAAAACACAAAAAAAAUCUUAAUGAGAAUGGAACAAAAUUUUCUCAACCUUUAGUAUGGUUAUUGUCUUUAGAGACCCUGAGCCAACUUUCAAAUUGACGCAUACAAGGGCUCACGAUUUGGCUUUUUUGGGUCCCUCCCAGCUUUAGGUUAUGAAGACUUCACACACACAAAUUCAACAAAGCUAAAAACUCCCUUCCCUCCCGCUGGCCGUGGUGGACUGGACAGGUGGACUUCGGCAACUCCCGGCCCAGCCUCAGACUGCGGUCUUUUUACUUGUUCUAUCUAAUGAGAACUUAAACUAGCUUGUUUACAAGACGACGACCGUCCAAGGGCAGCCUUGGGCACCUGCCAUGUCCCUCCUUUUCCCAGCUACCCUGCGCUGACCUUGGAUUUUUCAUUCUUACAUUUUUCUUUUCCCUUCAGAGCUCACACAGGGGACACCACCAUGGCCAACGGCUUCUGCGUCUCCACCUCUGGGGUCGAGGCCGGGAGAGCAGAGAGCCGGACGGCUCCCCCCCCCCCCACCAAGUGCUCACACACAGUCUCCCACGCACGCACUCACGCACAGCACGCACAGGCGGAGGGCCUCCCGCUGCCCCAGGGACGUCGGACAGGACUUGCCUCUGAGCAGAUGAGGAACGCGCUGGUCUCUGGGGGAAUGAGGCACGGCCAUGGUUACGCGUCCAGACUCCAGUCUUUCCCUUCUCUCCAGCCCCUUCUUCCUUCAGCAAAAGAAAAUUUAGGACUCAGAGUGGCUUCCAGGGCUGGCUGUCCUUGGCCGCGCCUGUGUCCAGUGCCCAAGGGCAGGUGGCGGUGUCUGUACGUAUGUGUACAUAUGCACAUAGACCUUAGAGUGUAUAUUUAACAACGCCCUCUGCCCACCUGCCACCUGCGCCACCACCGGCUCUCGGGGCACCUGGCAGGAGGCGGGUGUGUGAAUAGCAUAUAUUUUUACAUGUACUAUAUCUAGGUGUGUGUACAAGUGUGUGUAAAAAUAUAGACCUUGUGUGUAAGCAGCCCCCCCCCCCUUUUUUUUUGUCCCACCCACCCACCCCCGCCAGCCCAGCCUCUUGAGUUUUCCGUCCGUUCUGUUUUUUUAACCCAAUCCUCCCUCUCCCUGCCCCAUCCCUUCUCCCGGGUGUCAGGAGCCCUGAGCUGCAGAGGCCCGGGCCUACAGGGCGGGGUGGGGCAGGCCAGGCAAGGGCAGCGGGGCACUGGGCAUGCCAGGGGCUGCUCGGUACUGGGCAUACAACUCCAGGGCAUUGGAGACAUCCUCUUGUCCGGCGCGUGCUGCAGGGGGUACCCCUGGGUGAACCAAGGGCCUGCUCUGGGGCCCCAAUCCAGCUUGGCCGCCGUCUGUGACCUUGGGCAAGUCACUUGACCUCUGUGUGCCUCAACUUCCUCCUCUGUAAAAUGGGGACAGUCCCUGCCCCUCCCUACCUCACAGGCAUGUUGUGAGAAUAAAUGAGGUAACGUGUACCGGC